AUGACGAAGCAUCGUGAAAAAUUUGAUGAUCUGGCAACUGCAAUUUUGCGUAAGAAGGACAAGCCUAAUAGGCUACUGGUUGAAGAAGCAGUAAGCGAUGAUAAUUCAGUGGUCGCUCUAUCUGAAGCUAAAAUGUGUGAGCUUCAAUUGUUUCGCGGUGACACGGUAUUACUGAAAGGAAAACGACGCAAGGAAACAGUUUGCAUCGUAUUAUCUGAUGAAACUUGUCCUAAUGAAAAAAUCCGCAUGAACAGAGUUGUAAGAAAUAAUUUACGUGUUCGUUUGAGCGAUGUUGUAUCAAUACAACCUUGCCCAAGUGUCAAAUACGGAAAGAGAAUUCAUGUUUUGCCCAUGGAUGAUACUGUCGAAGGAUUGACUGGAAAUUUGUUUGAAGUUUAUUUGAAACCGUACUUCUUGGAAGCAUAUCGUCCAGUUUACAAAGAUGAUAACUUUAUUGUUCGAGGAGGAAUGCGUGCUGUUGAAUUCAAAGUUGUUGAGACUGAUCCUAGUCCCUAUUGCAUAGUUGCUCCUGAUACUGUUAUUCACUGUGAGGGAGAUCCAAUUAAACGAGAAGAAGAAGAAGAAGCUUUAAAUGCAGUUGGAUAUGAUGAUAUUGGUGGUGUACGCAAGCAGCUUGCUCAAAUAAAAGAAAUGGUUGAGCUACCGUUACGUCAUCCUUCAUUGUUUAAAGCUAUUGGAGUAAAACCACCGCGUGGUAUUUUGUUGUAUGGUCCACCUGGUACUGGAAAAACUCUCAUCGCUCAAUCUGAGAGUAACUUACGUAAAGCAUUCGAAGAAGCAGAAAAAAAUUCACCAGCUAUCAUUUUCAUCGAUGAACUGGAUGCUAUCGCACCAAAACGUGAAAAAACUCAUGGAGAAGUUGAAAGACGAAUUGUUUCACAAUUGCUAACGUUGAUGGAUGGUAUGAAACAGAGUUCUCAUGUAAUUGUUAUGGCUGCAACUAACAGACCAAAUAGUAUUGAUGGAGCUUUACGUCGUUUUGGUCGUUUCGACAGAGAAAUUGAUAUUGGUAUUCCUGACGCUACUGGACGUUUAGAAAUUUUGCGUAUCCAUACUAAAAAUAUGAGACUUGCUGACGAUGUUGAAUUGGAACAAAUCGCUGCUGAGACCCAUGGACAUGUUGGUGCUGAUUUGGCUUCAUUGUGUUCUGAAGCAGCAUUGCAACAAAUUCGUGAAAAAAUGGAUUUGAUUGACUUGGAAGAUGACCAGAUUGACGCUGAGGUUCUGGCAUCACUUGCUGUGACAAUGGAUAACUUCAAAUACGCAAUGACUAAAAGUAGUCCAAGUGCUUUACGUGAAACAAUUGUUGAAGUACCUACUGUUACAUGGGAUGAUGUCGGAGGACUCCAAAACGUUAAGAAAGAAUUGCAAGAACUUGUUCAAUACCCUGUUGAACAUCCUGAUAAAUUUUUGAAAUUUGGUAUGCAACCAUCAAGAGGUGUUUUGUUCUAUGGUCCACCUGGAUGUGGUAAAACUUUAUUAGCUAAAGCGAUUGCAAACGAAUGCCAAGCUAACUUCAUUUCUGUCAAGGGACCAGAAUUGUUAACUAUGUGGUUCGGUGAAUCUGAAGCCAAUGUAAGAGAUGUUUUCGAUAAAGCCAGAUCAGCUGCACCAUGUGUUCUGUUUUUCGAUGAAUUAGAUUCAAUUGCUAAAUCCCGUGGUGGUUCAGUCGGUGAUGGAGGUGGUUCUGCUGAUCGUGUUAUUAAUCAAAUUUUAACUGAAAUGGAUGGUAUGGGCGCUAAGAAAAAUGUAUUUAUUAUUGGUGCUACAAAUCGUCCAGACAUCAUUGAUCCUGCUAUUCUUCGUCCGGGACGUCUCGAUCAACUGAUUUAUAUUCCGCUGCCAGACGAGAAAUCACGAGAAGCUAUCUUCAGAGCUAAUCUACGAAAGUCUCCUGUAGCUAAGGAUGUUGAUUUAACAUACAUUGCUAAAGUAACCCACGGUUUUUCUGGCGCUGAUUUGACUGAAAUCUGUCAACGUGCAUGCAAAUUAGCUAUUAGGCAGUGCAUUGAAGCUGAUGUACGUAGAGAAAGAGAACGAAUGGAUAACCCUUCAGUUUCGAUGGAUAUGGAUGAAGAUGAUCCAGUACCAGAAAUAACACGAGCUCAUUUUGAAGAAGCGAUGAGGUUCGCUCGUCGUUCAGUAUCUGACAACGAUAUUCGUAAAUACGAAAUGUUUGCACAAACAUUACAACAAUCACGAGGUUUUGGGACUAACUUUAGAUUCCCUCAGAAUGCUGCGGGAGGUACUCAAGAUACCACUCAAGGAGAUCAAACUUUCCAAGAUGAUGGUGAUGAUGAUCUUUAUAGUUAA